AUGCGUUCCGCUAUCGCGAUCUCCCUCCUCGCCCUCCCGCUCACCGCUCUUGGCGCCCACCAGGAGCGCGCUCACCGCCGUAGACAUGCCGGCCUCGCACACAGUCCGGCGUACAUGCGCCGCUCGGCCAACUACACCCUUCAAAACAAGUUCGUUGGCGAGGACUUCCUUCAGUGGGACUUCUUUGAUCAGUCCGAUCCGACCGACGGUCUUGUUCAUUACCUGGACGCAGACGCAGCGACAAGCGCUGGUCUGGCCACUGUCGACUGCAACAACGUCACCACACUUGCUGUCGAUGCCAACCAGACCGUUGCUUCCGGCGGUCAGCGCAACUCCGUCCGCAUCAGCUCGCCGCAGACCUACAACAGUGGUCUCUUCAUUGCCGACUUCCAGGCUAUGCCCUUUGGAUGUGGUAUCUGGCCCGCUUACUGGACUGUCAGCAUCAACGCUACAUGGCCUGAUGGUGGUGAGAUCGAUGUCAUUGAGGGUGUCAAUCUGAACACAGAGAACCAGAUCACCCUCCACUCUGGUCCUGACUGCACGCUCAACAACACGACGCCGACAUCGGGACACGUCCUCGGCACCCAGUGUGCGUCCGGUCCAGGUGACGAUGCAGGUUGUGCAUACGCCCAGAACGACACCCGCUCGUUCGGCGCUGGCUUCAACCAGGCUGGCGGAGGAGUCUUUGCUCACCUCUGGAACUCGGACGGUGUCACCUUCUGGUUCUUCGCCCGCGAUGAGAUCCCGCAGGACAUCAAGUCUGGCAACCCUGACCCGUCGACUUGGGGUGAGGCUGCGGCAAUCUUCCCUAGCACCGGGUGCGAUAUCUCGAGCCACUUUUACGACCACGCGAUUGUGCUCGACACCACCAUCUGUGGUGACUGGGCCGGUCCUGCGUACGCAUCGUCUGGUUGCCCGGGUACUUGUGACUCGAUGGUUGCGAACGGGACCAACUUCCUUGACGCGAAAUGGGUGAUCAACUCCAUCUCCGUAUUCCAAUAG